AUGCCAACAAAGGAAGAGUUAAAACCACAUAUUACGCCUCUAAUAUACACUUUUAUUAGUGCUUUAACUAGAUUAAUCUGGAUCAAUUAUGAACCAUCUGUUGUAUGGGAUGAGGCUCACUUUGGUAAAUUUGGUAGUUAUUAUUUGAAGAGAACUUUCUAUUUUGAUGUUCAUCCACCUCUUGGUAAAAUGUUGGUUGGAUUAGCCGGUGCUUUAUCGGGCUACAAUGGUAAUUUUGAGUUUAAGUCUGGUGAACCAUACCCAAACGAUUUACAUUAUGGUAUAUUUAGAGGUUAUUUAGCUAUAUUUGGUGUAUUAAUUGUUCCACUUGCUUGGUACACAUCAGAAGAGCUCAGAUUGAGUAAAAGAAGUUGUCAUUUGGUUACUCUCAUGGUGUUAUUCGAUACCGCAUUGGCAACAAUAAGUAGAUUCAUUUUGUUAGACAGCAUGUUGCUCUUUUUCACCUUUACAACUGUCUUCUUCUUGACCAAAUUCCAUAAUGAAAGACAUGAUCAAUUUGGAUUUGAUUGGUGGAUGUGGUUGGUAUUCACAGGCUUAUCCAUUGGAUGCGUUUGUAGUGUCAAAUGGGUUGGAUUGUUUGUUACAGCUGUCGUAGGAAUCUACACAAUAACCGACUUAUGGGAUAAAUUCGGUGAUCUUAAGUUACCUAAGCAAACGUACGCAUACCACUGGGUAGCUAGAAUAGGCUGUCUGAUACUCAUCCCAAUUAUUGUUUAUGUCGCAUCAUUUAAAGCACACUUCGCAAUACUUAACAGAAGUGGUAGUGGUGAUUCUCAAAUGUCAUCACUCUUUCAAGCUAACUUGAAAGGUAAUAAAUUCUAUAAGUCACCACUUGAAGUUGCAUAUGGAUCUAAGAUAACAUUGAAGCAAAUGGGCUAUGCUGGCGGAUUAUUACAUUCACAUGUCCAGAAUUUCCCACUUGGUUCACUUGAAGGUCAAGUUACUUGUUAUCAUUAUCAAGAUGACAAUAAUCAAUUUAAUGUUCUCCCAACAUUGCAAGAAGAGAAAGCUAAUGAGUUGAAGGUGCUAAAUGAAGGAGAUAAUGCUGAUAAUGUUACAUUCCUUCAUGAUGGUGAUGUGAUUAGAUUAGAGCACGUCCCGUACUCAAGGUACAUUCACGCUCAUGAUAUACCAGCACCAUUGUCAAAACUAGACUAUGAAGUUGCAGCAUUUGGACAAUCAACUGAAGAUGACACGAACGACAACUGGAUUGUUGAAGUAGUUGAUGAUGUUUACAGAGGUCGUUUAAGUAAAGAAGACAAAAUACAUUCACUUACGACCAGAUUGAGAUUCAAGAAUAAGAACUUAGGAUGCUAUCUUCGUGCAGCCAAUAAAAACCUCCCUGAGUGGGGAUUCAAGCAAAUUGAAGUAACGUGCACUAAGGAGAAUGAUCCUAGAGAUGAUCACACUUAUUGGAAUGUCGAAUCACAUUGGAAUGAUAAACUUCCUGCUGGUAAAAAAUCGCUUUACAAGACAAGCUUUUUGAAAGACUUCUGGCAUUUAAAUAUUGCUAUGAUGAUGUCAAAUAAUGCUCUCAUACCUAAUCCAGAUAAACAAGAUAUUUUGGCAAGUAAACCAACUGACUGGCCAUUCUUACGUUUAGGUCUAAGAAUGAAUGGAUGGGGUGACCAUAAUACAAAAUAUUAUUUAAUUGGUAAUCCCGUCGUAUGGUGGACAUCCUCUCUCGCAUUGUUCGUAUUUGUGGCCAUAAGUCUAUAUCAUACAAUUAGGGAAAGAAGGAGAGUGAGAGAUGUUACAAAGAAUGAAAUUGAUUACUUUACGUAUGUCGGAAUGAUUGCAUUUGGUGGUUGGGUUUUCCACUACAUACCAUUCUUAAUAAUGGGAAGAGUAACAUACUUACAUCAUUAUCUUCCUGCUUUAUACUUUGCAAUCUUGGUAAUGGGUUUAGUACUUGAUCAUUUGAUAUUCAAGAGACAAAUACCAGAAAGAUUCAAAUGGUUCGUUUUUGGUUUAUUAGCGGUGAACACCAUCGUAACAUUUUAUCACUUUAAUGGCGUUGUUUUUGGUAUGGUUGGACCGAUCAGCAAGCAUAAACACCUUAAAUGGAGGAAUAGUUGGAAUAUUUAUAAUUAA